AUGGAAUAUUGGGAAAGUUACAAACAUCUUUUGAAGGCACAUUAUAUCGGAGAUCAGUUUACCGAUAUUCCUAAUGCUUUGUCGGAGUUGAAUAGGAAAGUUCUUAGUACUUAUAAAGAUGAUGCAACUGUCAUCAAAUUCUCCUUACAAUUGAAUAAAAUCCUCAAAAAUAGACAGCAAAAUAAUGCUGCUGAAAAGGUCAUGUGGAUGACUUCGUCUUUUAAAGAUCACUUCUAUCCCCCAAUAUCAAUCGAUGAGGCUGCGCCAAUUUUUUGGAACUCCAAUCACAAAAGUUAUAUCGAAUUAAAAAAGGAGGAUAGCUUAUAUCUUGAGAAAUAUCCAUUAAAAACACCAUUAUGUGAUAGGAGCACAGAUAGUAUCACGACAGAGAGCGACCAUGCCAUCGAACAAUGUGAGGACAUUACAGAUUGUUCCACAGUAGCCACUUUGAUAGCUUUAGAUAAUAGUCAUUUCAAGAAUAUCCUCGCUGUAAGGUACCUCUCUUCUAAUAUUUACCAGUUGAAUUUUUGCUUUAAUGGAUCGGCUACCAGAUUAGUUACUGUCGACACUUCGUAUAUUCCUACUUCUAAUAAAAAGAGAGCUUUGCUUCUCUCUGGGGGAACCGAACAUAUAAUAGAAAAAAGUCACUCGCAACUAUCCAUGAAGAGCCCCAAUAUAAUAUAUAAGGUAGUCGAAUUAGCGUACUUAACUACUUUUUUUGGUUCAUAUGUUACAACAGGAUCCAAUUUCGCCAUAGACACCUUCAGGAUCACCGGAUUUCUGCCCGAGAUUAUGUCGACAGAACCAUCAAAUUUUCUCAAAUGUAUAAAAUAUUCUAGAACAGGGUUAGCUUUAACUGCCUUAGGUACCGAUAUAUUAGUUGACGCCCCAUUUGAGAUGAAUUCAAGCUCCUCUGCUAUGAAUGUUGAUAAAAACGACGUUAACUCACGAUUUGUACCAAAUCAUGAUUAUCCUAUAAUGAAUAUAGAUGAAUCCGGCGGAACACUUACAGUACGCGAUCCCUUAGAUGCAUCCAACACAUACGCAGUCAACUCGACGGAAUUUACGAAUUCUUUCAAACAACUAUACGUCUCAUGGAACCACUCAAAACUUUUUAAAUUCGAAAAAAAAUUGAACUGCUAUUAUAACACUGAAAAGUUCAAUAAGUUUGAUUUGAUAUGGAGCAAACCGAUUUUUAACCUUACAAACUGUUCUAGUUCUGCGACCUCAGAAUUGGAAAAUGUUUGGAUCCUCUUAGAAAGUCACCUAUCAGAAUCAUCUGAAAAACGAUAUGCGUUUCUUGAAGAAAUUUCUAGUGUGGAUUUUAACUUAGAAUUAUCCUCCAAUAGUAUACGAUCAAGAGCGUCACAAGGUGCAUCGGAUAUUGGGUUACAAUUACUUAAAGUUCAGUUAAACUCGAAUGAAAUGAAAAGGUUUUAUUGUCAUUCUACAGAUUCUAACGCUUUUACUAUUCAUAUUUAUUCGAAUUCGGAAAGUAUCCAAAUAAAGAAGGAAAUUGGUUGUAGUAUCCUGGAGACGAAUCCACCCAAUCUGAUUAAUAAGUUUGAAUUUGAUCUUUCAAAUAGUGUAGAUAGCAUUCGAGAUAUGAUGGGUAACAAGUUCUCUAGAGCUGCUAAGUUUGAAAUAUCAAUAAAUCCUGAAUUUGAAGGAGGAGAAAAAGAGUAUUUGGUUAAUAUUGGCGUGAUAACGGAAAAAAUCCAGAAUAGAAAUAUCUAUCCAAUAUUUCAAGUAUAUCAUUUAUAUGAUAAGGCAUUCCGCAACCCAGUAAAUACCUUUACAAAUCCUAACAUUUUUCCUUCAAAAUGUUUUAAAUCGAAUUUCCAGCUGCAGUCUAAUGAAAAGUACCUACUGGCCGUUUCGACUACCAAUUCAGAUGCUGACUUCGAAAAGUUAUUAAUAUUACUGCAGUCUCAAAUAUUAUCGACAGAACAAGCACCUGCUUUCCAAUUAAAACGAGUAUAUCCUGACUAUGGUAACUUACCUUAUCAAAUGCAAUCAGAGCUAAUGGAAACAAAUAGUUAUUUAGAGAUUUUAAAUACAUCAGAGCUUACAAAUGAAUGUUUUCUCCGAGUUAUCAUUAACCAUGGACAAGAUGGUGCUAAAGUUUAUAAUCGUUCAAGUUUCAUUAUUGAUAUUAUAGAACAAGAAACGGAUGCAAUUUUAUACUCUGUUCCAUAUGUAGACGGAGUUGAUGCCAUUGCUAAGGAUCAUGCGGGUAUCUUCGAUGGUGGUAUUGUUUUCGAGAAUGUCCAAAUACCAGGGAAUUCAUUUAUAACGGUUCGUUUAAGAAAUGCGAAAACUGUAAAUGGGCGUACCUAUGUCACAGUUUUAAUUGGAAGCAGAAGAAAGGUAAGAGUAAGUGUCAAGUAA